CUGGCAGAGCUCCCUGCCACCCCCAUUUUCCAGAUGACGCGACUGAGGCCCAACCAGCUUUGUAGGAGGCGGAGUCUCCCCAGGGUCCCUCUCAGGCUGUCCUAGGGGAGGGGGCUCUGGGAGCUACGAGGCCCCUCCCUGCCUCUCUCUGUAGCUCCCGGCAAGCUCAGAGGGGCGGAGAGAGAGAGCCAGAGGAGGAGGAGAACUCAGGCAGCUCUGCAGAGGGGUGCAGGAGCUCCGGUGUUUGGUACCCCCAGCCCCAACGCUGUGGCCGCUGCUGCAGCGGGGACACAGGUGAGGACGGCCAUUUGGGGAGGGGGAGGGGGCCACGCACAGAGCUGUCCUUGUCCUUCCCUGGUCCAGCCCCCACUCCCUAGCCCAUCCUGGGAUAGUCCCCAGGGCUUCUGCUGGACCUAGUCCUUCCAGGGACCCAGCCCCCUCCCCCUGCCUGUCUGCGCUGCCUUCUCUCCCGGGCCUGGCUGUGGCUGCUUCUCCUCUUCUGCCGCCGCUGCUUCCACUGCCCAGCACACACCGCCAGCCCCUCGGGGUGUGGUUUCCCCAGACCAGCCCCUAACGGUGGGACACAGCUUCGCCCGGGCCUCCCCCGUCCGCACACCCGCCCCUCCGCAAGGCCCGCCAACCUCCCCCUCCCCUGAGACACACCCAGCUCCCUUUAACAUCCCACCCCGCCCUCCGGCCCAUUUUGGAGGGACCCCCUCCUCUUAUCUUAGUCUUUAUCCAGCCUCUGGGUGCUCUGGGGCUGUGCCCAACUUCCAGUUGAGUCCCAAGGGGCUUCCUCAGGCCCCUUUCCUCCCCCCAGGAACUCCUGAGAGGGUGGACCAGACUUUCUCAGCAGCACCCCAUACCCCUCGCUCCCAGACACCUCUCAGGCUCUGUAAAAUAACCUAGCCCCAUAUCUAACCCUUCAGAUGCCCUACUCCCUUCUCCAGUCCCUCUAGGGGGCCCCACCUGGCCUGCCUUCCCCAGAACUCCUGUAGAGUGUAGACACCCCCCUUCAGGCUAUUCUUGGCUGCUCUAGGCACUCCCAAGACACCUCGCAGCCUCUUUACAACCUUCUGGUUCUAUAGCCACCUCUUCCGUGCACGAACCCAUUUCCUGGAUCCGUGAGGGAGCUCCAGUCCCCUAAUCUUUUCCCCAGAAGUCUUGAGGGUGCAGACGACCCACCUCAGUUUUCUCAGCCCCUCUAGAACCCCCCCGCACCUGGACACUCUUAGCCUCUUUUAAACACCUCUGGUCCCAUUUCCACUUCUCUGGAUGCCCCAGCCCCUUCUCCACACCCACUAAGGGGUCCCAGCCCCAUCUUUCCUCAGAACUCUUGAGAGUGUGGGCAACUCUCCAAUGUUUCUUGCCCCCUAGACACCCCAUACAUCUCCCAGGCACAUGCUGACCCCUCCAGAGCCCUAUCAGUUGCUCUAAACACUCCCUGGGCUCCUUCUUGGCCCCUCCAGGCACCCUUUUUCUGCUCCUUUCCAUGUCCCCUGGCUCCUCCUUGGUUGGUCCCUCAAGACAUCCCCCAAAUCCCCCCUGGAUCCUCUAAAUGCCCCCCAAGGCCCUACCCGUCUCUCUAGUUCCUCCUGGUUCCUCUCGGCCUCUGUAGACACCCCCAGUUUGCUUGUGCGAGUGGCCCAGGGCCUCUCCAAGCCCCCAGCAUCCUGGAGACAGCCACACUCUCCUAAAGGCCACCCUCCCCCACCCCGAGUCUCCGUGGCCCUGGGGCGCGCAGGAUGGCGGCCGGCGUGGCCACGUGGCUGCCCUUCGCGAGGGCCGCUGCGGUGGGCUGGUUGCCCCUGGCCCAGCAGCCCCUGCCUCCUGCGCCCGGGGUGAAGGCGUCUCGAGGGGAUGAGGUUCUGGUGGUGAACGUGAGUGGCCGGCGCUUCGAGACCUGGAAGAACACUCUGGACCGCUACCCAGACACCCUGCUAGGCAGUUCGGAGAAGGAAUUCUUCUAUGACGCGGACUCGGGCGAGUACUUCUUCGAUCGCGACCCCGACAUGUUCCGGCACGUGCUGAACUUCUACCGCACGGGCCGCCUGCACUGCCCGCGGCAGGAGUGCAUCCAGGCCUUCGACGAAGAGCUGGCUUUCUACGGUCUGGUGCCGGAGCUCGUGGGCGACUGCUGCCUCGAAGAGUACCGGGACCGCAAGAAGGAGAACGCCGAGCGCCUGGCGGAGGACGAGGAGGCGGAGCAGGCGGGCGAUGGCCCUGCCCUGCCUGCCGGCAGCUCCUUGAGGCAGCGGCUCUGGCGGGCCUUCGAGAACCCGCACACGAGCACGGCGGCCCUCGUCUUCUACUACGUGACAGGCUUCUUCAUCGCCGUGUCGGUCAUCGCCAACGUGGUGGAGACCAUCCCGUGCCGCGGCCCCGCGCGGCGGCCCCCGAGGGAGCAGCCCUGCGGCGACCGCUUCCCCCUAGCCUUUUUCUGCAUGGACACGGCCUGCGUGCUCAUAUUCACCGGCGAGUACCUCCUGCGGCUCUUCGCCGCCCCCAGCCGGUGCCGCUUCCUGCGGAGUGUGAUGAGCCUUAUCGACGUGGUGGCCAUCCUGCCCUACUACAUCGGGCUUUUCGUGCCCAAGAACGAGGAUGUCUCGGGCGCCUUUGUCACCCUGCGUGUAUUCCGGGUGUUCCGCAUCUUCAAGUUCUCCAGGCACUCGCAGGGCUUGCGGAUUCUGGGCUACACACUCAAGAGCUGUGCCUCUGAGCUGGGCUUUCUCCUCUUUUCCCUUACCAUGGCCAUCAUCAUCUUCGCCACGGUCAUGUUUUAUGCUGAGAAGGGCACAAACAAGACCAACUUCACUAGCAUCCCUGCGGCCUUCUGGUAUACCAUUGUCACCAUGACCACCCUCGGCUAUGGAGACAUGGUGCCCAGCACCAUUGCUGGCAAGAUUUUCGGAUCCAUCUGCUCCCUCAGCGGUGUCCUGGUCAUUGCGCUGCCUGUGCCGGUCAUCGUGUCCAACUUCAGCCGCAUCUACCACCAGAACCAGCGUGCUGACAAGCGCCGAGCGCAGCAGAAGGUGCGCUUGGCAAGGAUCCGGUUGGCAAAGAGUGGUACCACCAAUGCCUUCCUACAGUACAAGCAGAACGGAGGCCUUGAGGACAGCAGCAGUGGGGAGGAACAGGCGUUGUGUGUCCGGAACCGUUCUGCUUUCGAGCAACAACAUCACCACCUCCUUCACUGUCUAGAGAAGACAACGUGCCAUGAGUUCACAGAUGAGCUAACCUUCAGUGAGGCUCUGGGCGCUGUCUCGCUGGGGGGCCGCACCAGCCGCAGCACCUCCGUGUCCUCCCAGGCAGUGGGGCCUGGCAGCCUGCUGUCCUCCUGCUGUCCCCGCAGGGCCAAGCGCCGUGCCAUUCGCCUUGCCAACUCCACGGCCUCAGUCAGUCGUGGCAGCAUGCAGGAGCUGGACACAUUGGCAGGGCUGCGGAGAAGCCCUGCCCCUCAGAGCCGCUCAAGCCUCAAUGCCAAGCCCCACGACAGCCUUGACCUGAACUGCGACAGCCGGGACUUCGUGGCUGCCAUCAUCAGUAUCCCUACCCCUCCUGCCAACACCCCAGAUGAGAGCCAACCUUCCUCCCCUGGUGGUGGCGGUGGGGCCAGCAGCACCCUCAGGAACUCCAACCUGGGCACCCCUUGCCUCCUCCCGGAGACUGUCAAGAUCUCUUCCCUGUGAGCGAACUCUGUGUCUGCUCUCAGGCUGAAAUCUGGCAUCAUCUCAGGUUCCCUGUCCCCAGCACUGUCCCCGUGGAGCUGGUGGCUGACAAAGAUGUAGUUUCCAUCAGUCAAUAAAACCUGAGAGGAGAGAUGAGGAUGAGUA